AGGCCUGAGGAAGUUUACAUGCCAGACGCCGCUCGACCCCGCGCCCCGCCAUCGAUCCUCGGAGUUGUCCACGCCUGAGGGCGACAUGAACGCGCUGGCUUCCCGAGCCGUCCGCACCUACGAUCGCUUCUGUCAGCCCGAGCCGGCGCUCCUGCCCCCCGGGUGAGACGCACUUCUCAGUCGCCCGGACAGAUGGCCCCAGGCCAAGUAUCGCAUCAUGGUGCCCCCUGGAGGGACAGCCACCCCUUCUUUCUCUUGUCCCCACUGAUGGGUUUCCUCAGCCGGGCCUGGAGCCGCCUGCGCGGCCCCGAGUUCUGGCUUAGAGAGGCAGUGACUGGAGAAGAUGGGGUUGCAGAUGGCCUGGAGGCCGGAGCCAUGCCUGCUGUGGCCUGGAAGGCUGAAGGCCACCCCGGAAUGCAGGAAGCAGAUGGAGAAGCAGCCCGCCGGUCCUGCCCGGAGCUGAAGGCCGGCAGUCCCCUCCCUCAGUGCUGGGGACUUGAUGAGGAGGAAGCAGCCAGCAUCCCCAGAGAGCAGAGACGGGCCCUCCCAGCCAGCCCCUCUGCCCCCCUGGGCCCCAACCUGUGGCUGAGAAGCCUGCAAGGCUCCGAUAAGAACCGUGGGGAGGAAGAAGGGGGCGUGGCCGCGUUCUCUGAUCCCUCCCCAGGGUGGGAGCCCAGUCCAGUGGUGGAGGAGCCAGAGGGUGAAGAAGCUGCUAGAACCACGAAUCCCCCCUUAACUCCGGGGACAUGUGCCCCAGGGGAGGAGGAAGGUCAAGCCACGGAGGAAGAAAGCCAGGACGUUGGGAAGACCUCUGCGUUGGCCUCCUAUUCAGGCACCAGUUCCACAAGGGAAGACUCUCAGGAGAGAGAUGGAAGGGCACAGCAAGCAGUCGGGAAAGCAGACACUGACCCAGAGCCAUGCUCCUCGGCGUCCCAGCAGAAGGCUCUGCUCACAGCCUCGGCGUAUCGGUCCAGCCAGGACCCGGAGGAAGAGGAGGGCCAAGCUGUGGGGGCAGUUCAAGCUGCUUCAUCCAUCAACCCCACAAGUGCCUUCCUGAAGGCCUGGGUGUACCGGCCAGGAGAGGACACGGAAGAUGAGGACAGCGACGAGGGAUCAGCUGAGGAGGAGGGAGAAGCAGAGGGUUCCCCCACAAGAAAUGCCUUCCUGAAGGCCUGGGUGUACCGGCCAGGUGAAGACACGGAAGAUGAGGACAGCGACGAGGGAUCAGCUGAGGAGGAGGGAGAAGCAGAGGGUUCCCCCACAAGAAGUGCCUUCCUGAAGGCCUGGGUGUACCGGCCAGGAGAGGACACGGAAGAUGAGGACAGCGACGAGGGAUCAGCUGAGGAGGAGGGAGAAGCAGAGGGUUCCCCCACAAGAAAUGCCUUCCUGAAGGCCUGGGUGUACCGGCCAGGUGAAGACACGGAAGAUGAGGACAGCGACGAGGGAUCAGCUGAGGAGGAGGGAGAAGCAGAGGGUUCCCCCACAAGAAGUGCCUUCCUGAAGGCCUGGGUGUACCGGCCAGGAGAGGACACGGAAGAUGAGGACAGCGACGAGGGAUCAGCUGAGGAGGAGGGAGAAGCAGAGGGUUCCCCCACAAGAAGUGCCUUCCUGAAGUCCUGGGUGUACCGGCCAGGAGAGGACACGGAAGAUGAGGACAGCGACGAGGGAUCAGCUGAGGAGGAGGGAGAAGCAGAGGGUUCCCCCACAAGAAAUGCCUUCCUGAAGGCCUGGGUGUACCGGCCAGGUGAAGACACGGAAGAUGAGGACAGCGACGAGGGAUCAGCUGAGGAGGACGGAGAGGCAGAGGGUUCCCCCACAAGAAGUGCCUUCCUGAAGGCCUGGGUGUACCGGCCAGGUGAAGACACGGAAGAUGAGGAUGAAGACAAUGAGGGUGCCGGAGCUGACUCAGCCACAGCUGAGAGAGAGGAAAUGGCUGACUCAGGCCCCCAGCCGUCCCUUGGGAGCCCCAGCACCCUCAGGAGGUGGGUGUGUCUGCCUGGAGAGGAAGCAGAGGAGGCGGCAGAGGGAGCAGCUGAGCCUGACGACACCUUCCAAGUGGCCAUGUACCUACCCGGCGAGAAGCCACCACCUCCAUGGGCGCCUCCUAAGCUGCCCCUGCACCUGCGUAGGCGACUCAAGGUCUCAGAAACCCCUAGGCGGAGUCUGGACCCCGAGAGUCCCCUGGACAGAAAGGUGCACUUCUCUGACAAGGUCACCGUCCAUCUCCUGGUUGUCUGGGCAGGGCCAGCCCAGGCUGCCCGCAAGGGCCCUUGGGAGCAGCUGGCCAGGGAUCGAAGCCGUUUUGCCCGCCGCAUCAGCCGAGCCCAGGAGGAACUGGGCCCCUGCCUCACACCUGCUGCCCGAGCCAGAGCGUGGGCACGCCUCAGCAAUCCACCCUCUUCUCUGGGCCCCAUACUCACCCCUACCCACACCUUGUCUUGCUCCUCCAUCUCUCCUGGGUCCCCAGAGCAAGCCAGGCCCCUGAGCCAAGCCGUGGCCAUACCCUCUCCCUGCCCACCUGGUGAAGCUGCAUCUUCUGGCCUGGGCCUCAGCGGGAGGCGUGGCUAAGACCAAGUGUUUUGUGUGUUAUUUAUUCAAUGUUUCUUAAAUUAUUUAUUUAUAUUUAAAAAAUAAAG